AUGAGAUCUGCAGCAACUGCUGACUUUGAAGAGAGCUCUGCACGGUGUGGUUGUGAGACAACACCUUUCUCAAAGCAAAGAACUGCCCCUGUGAACUGCCCGAGGACCUGUGUGCUGUGUAAAAGCAUCAUAAACUGCCUAUGACCAAGUUCGGCCUUAGUGAUGACGUCGAGCUGCUUUUCCUUACCUGUUUCUCAGAUCAGAAGUGGAUGUCAUCUGUGGUGCCAGGAGCCUGUCUGAUGGGGACUUCAUUGGCAGUAAGCCUCCUCUCCUUGCAAUGGGCUGACAGGUUACUGCUUGCAUAUGUGGAUGUCCAGAGCUCCAGCACACACGGAUACUCAAAGGCAGAAAAUUGGCAGCUGACAAAUGAAUCCGUCAGAAUUCUGCGGAAAGAACACACAAUUUCUGGAUGUUUACAACUUCCAAGAGCAUCACUGCAAGCAUUUUAUCACUUCAAGAUUUCUCGGCUUGUGUAGUUAGCAGAUCUUCAUAAGGCUUGUCUGGAAUUCUAUUUCUUAAUAACUCUAAAUAAUGUUACUCUUUGAAAUCAUGUUAUCCAUGUACCAUGAGAUCCAAAUUUCUUCUAUGCAUAUGGAAGGUAAAAUGCCAGGCAUAUAUGCAGUCUAGAAAACUGUUUUUUACCUCUAACUUUGAACAUUACUAUUGUUCUUAGAAUCUGGAAAAGCAGGACAAAUAAUUUUGCAUUCUGCUUUUUGGUGGGUUGAUGUGUUCCUCUUUAUUCAAAAUUAGUUUAUUUUCACAAGUUUUGGCUCCGUUGCAUUGGUUAUGCUUAAGUAUGGUGUGAGACCCUUGGAGGUAGUCACUAACCUCCAGGCAUUCGUGUAACAGAGUUGUUAUAACACAGUGCACAGGGUACGUGCAUAGGUACCCUCAGUCACUAAGGGGAGCUAUUUUCUAACAGAAGUGAGUUAUAAGAAGGGAAAAAUGGGGCCCCUGUUGAUGCCAAGAGAAAAACUGACUGAUGGAGCACUUUUUUUUCCUGAAAAUUUAUGUUACAUUGAGGUCCCAUUGGUAUUUAGAAGCCAGUGGUCCCUUUACCUUGGAGCAAGGCAGCAUAGCGGGCAGAGCUCACAGGGGGUGCACCUAACUUGCGGAAGGCCAGAUCCUCCACUGUUAACUUCACAUGACUUUGGAAAAGGCUUCUGACCUGCUUCCCUGAUGAACAGCAACAUAAGUUCAUGCCUGAAUUUUUUCUUUGCACCUUGUCUAGAUAUUUAUACCUGCGAACAGGGAGUGCUGAGCUGCCACCAAGAAAAAAGCAGAACUCUUAUUUGGAAGAAUUUCAUAGUCACUUUGUGCACACAGAAAUGAAGACUUAAAAGCUGUGGCAAAGGAGAGUAAGACCUGGAGACUGUCCUGAGCUCCUGUGGAGAUGAUCAGACAGAAUCCUUCCCCAUCUCAGAGCACUUCUGGCUUGUCAUUGGUUUGCUCAAUGACUUGGAAAGCAGUUCAGCAGGCAGUACCACUGAAAUGGCAGCUUCUGUUGGUGGAAGAUGACACAGGAGAUAAGGAAGAGAAGAGAAAGGAGCAGGCUGAGGAAGAGAAAUUAUUCAUGAUUGAAGAUGGGGAGAAGAAACAAACAGCACAUGCUGAAUGCUGGGGAGACAAUACUCAGACCAUGGCAUUCGCUAGCUGAUGCAAGAACAGAUCCAAAUUGAAGUGCAUGGAGAUCUACGGACAAUAACCUUUUCAUCAAACAUGAAGAGCUGCAUGUCUUUUUGCUUCAAAUAGUCUUAUCCUUAGGCAAUGGUGACGUUAAUGAGGCCUGUGGACAUGACAGGAGAGAGGACACCGCAGAUUCUUCAGGGGAAGAACAUUUGUUAGAAUACCAAAACAGAAAUGCUUCUUCAAGUGCUGGUGCCUGUGUGGAUGUGCGGGACCUCAGCGGUCAGCCAUGCACGGUCCGUGAAGAGAGGAAGAAGCCAAGCCUUUGGAGUGUCUUACGUCUGCUCAGAAGAUACUCGUGGCUUUUCCAAAGACCCUCAAGUACUGAAGAACUGCAUGGCUAAUUGGAUUCCUCCCUCAAGGAAAGCUGUGAGGACAAAUUCUAGCAAUCUGCUUAUUUGGAAAACCUAAGGAAAAUUUGACACGAGCAACAGAGUUCUAGCUACAGCUAUGGAUUGUAUCUCAAGAAUGGACCAAGACUUGGAGACUUUGUGAAAACUGUUUUUAAAGAUGCUUUGUAUGAGCCAAGCGUUCAGGUGUGGUGCUCGGUGACGGCAGUAGUUGCUGCAGAGGGAAGUUAAAGCACUGCUGUGCUGCUUCACCGUGGAGAAAGAAUGGUGUGAGGAAAUCAGGAGGAAUACCUACUAGUGUAGAGUUUCUGCUGAAAACCAAAUCUGUGAAUCCGUGACACUGCAGCAUCUUUACUGGAUUAACUAGCCCCAAAACAGCAGUGAUGGUGGGGAGACUGCCUCAUCUGCUCCAGCUCCUUGGAGUUAUCAGUGCUCCUUUUGACCUUGCUCUGUUUCCCCUGCUGAAAAGGUCAAGUACACAUUGAGCAGAGCUGUGCCUACCUAACAAGUAUCCUACCUUUUCCCGUGGUAGCAGGACCAUUUCGCAGUGAAGUGCUCCCAGCAGAGAAAUGCAGCAAGGCGGGCUACCAAUGUCAGACAUCCUGGACAGAUGGCCACUGGGCACGUCAAGCAGUUCUGCGGGUCAGAUCACUGCCACGUGGAGUUACUACGUCCCUCGUGGGAUAUUGUGAACGUCACGCUUUGGACUGCCACAGCAUGGAGAGUCCGCUCCAAAGUCCUCCUGUACCAAUAGCACAUCCUGCAAUGCAACUGAAUCUGGCCACUCCGAAAGAAUAUGUGAAUAACGAUCCAGAGACAUUGGCUGGAAGUCAGCAUCCCACGAAUACAAUGAAAUUUGAGACAAUGGUCACUGAUCAUCACAGCAUCCCAGGACCGCAUGGGCACUUGGGCUGAACUGCCAGCAGUGGGGAUGUCUCCAGAGCUGCAUCUGUCGCCAUCUCAGCUCGGGCCAGGCGGUGAGUGGAGGGCAAACAUUUCACACUGGAAGAAACUGGAGGAAUGCCCCAAGGGGCCCCUUUUUUUCACAGCAUCUGUGUAAGCCCUCAUGAUGUCCUUUGGGCUUGCUGCAGGCUGAAUGUACGGGAAGGUAAGUGCAUGUCCAUAGGACACCCCGAAGCUACGGUGUUGCCCCUGGGCAGUGUGAGAUGGUGCUCCAGGAACUUCGCCCUCUGCCCAAUGAAUGCUUUUCUGUAGGCAGCUUUAUUUUUCCCUACUUUGUUCAAUGCUGUCCCAGUGCUUGAAUCUUCACUUAUUUAUAAACAGCAAAGGUGCACCUACUAACCUGAAUAGUUGCCCUUGACCUACAGCAGCACAGCAAGGCCUAAAGGUGCUGUUACUUGCUGAGGGAUCUCUGGGCCAAGAUGAUAAUUUGCUUCUUGGCAGAUUGUUUGCCUGGGUACCAGCUCUGAGUGUUGUUGGUGGUUCUCAUUUGAGGCUGGUGCUGCCUGCCUGGCUGGGAGCUCAGGGAGGGUGGGGAGUCACACAACUUAAUCCACAGCAGUGGCUGCUGCUCCCGAUUAUAACACGUUCUCAUUCAAAUCACUGAGCAGGGGCACAUUGAAGCCCUGGCACGUGGCAAGUUACAGCAGCAGCACACCGUGGGCACAGACUUGGGGACAUGGCUUGGCCAUGGCUGGGCCAGGGGGCAUGCAGGCGUGCUGUGCUCAGCAAGCAGGUAACUCUGCCCAGCUGCCUCAGACCCAGCUUACUUGAAAGGAAGUUAUAUUUUUUAUUUGUUUGUUUGUUUAUUUGUUUUAACCUCUUUUUAUAAGGAAACACAUCUUAUUUGGGGCUCAGCAGAAAAUGGCUUUUCUGGCUCUGCUGUCCUUAGAAGAGACAGGACUUACUCGGCCUCUCCUUUGCAGAGGAGGAGCAGCUCCUUUGCUUAGUUUGAAGCAGAAUAAAAGACCUAUAAAUGGGGAGAAUCCUGAAGACGUCCUGGGAGACCGGAAUUUGGUGCCUUAAAAUAGUUGCAUGGACAACAGAGAAUGAAAAAGCCUGAGAACAGAUGUCCUGAAAUGUGUUUAUUACCAUGCAUUAAAGCAGGAUAUGGUCACUGGCUUAAAAAGACCUUGAAACAUUAACACCAGAACUGAAUUACGGAUGUGAUGAAUUAAGGGAGCUACUUGAGCGGGUCGCGCUGGAGCAGCCUGCUCGGAUGAACGGUGGCUGUGCAGCUCUUCUGCAGUAGAUGAAGCAUGACUGAAAAGGGACAAACAAGGAAGAAAUGAGGGGCUGAUGGAGGGCUUUUCUAUUAUAAGGGGCUGAACUGCUUUAGGAUGUUCUUGCUGCUCACCAGAGGUCUCUGCUGGAUUGAUUGAUCGUGUGGCCGUGUCCCAUCCAGAGGACAGAAAUUGCUAGACACUGAAGCAAGGCGUUCAGCUGGCAGAUCCAUCAGUCCUUGGCAGGCGAGAAAAGAGCAGCUGGGAGAGACAACCUCUGCUGGUGGCAGUCAGAAGAGGAUGUUUAGCCACAACCUAAUUCUGCCAAAGAAAGUGAAAGAUGAAGCCUCUUGUUCUCUUGGUUCUUGUGAUCUGUACUGUAGUCAGCAUGAAUUUGAAGCUCGUGUCAAAGAGAAAUUCUGGUCCCCAAGACUACACCGAGACACUUUUCCCUGCUAGAGACAACUGGAGACUUUCCUGGGAUGCUGGAGAGCAGCUGGGCGGUGUUGAUGGUUGCAUUGACUGGUCAGUGGAUCUCAAGACAUACAUGGCUUUGGCAGGUGAACCAGUCCGAGUGAAAUGUGCCCUUUUCUACAGCUAUAUCAGAACUAAUUAUAGCAUGGCCCAAAGCACAGGUCUUAGGCUUAUGUGGUACAAAAACAAAGGAGACUUAGAAGAACCCAUUAUAUUUUCUGAAGUUAGGAUGAGCAAGGAUGAAGAUUCAAUAUGGUUUCACUCGGUUGAGUUGCAAGACAGUGGUUUCUACACGUGUGUUCUAAGAAACUCAACAUAUUGCAUGAAGGUGUCCAUGUCCUUGACGGUAGCUGAGAAUGAAUCUGGGCUUUGCUACAACAGCAAGAUCAGAUAUCUGGAAAAAUCAGAAGUCACUAAGAGAAAGACAAUCUCCUGUCCUGAUAUUGAGGAUUACAAAAUAGCCAGUCAAGAGCCAGAUGUUGUAUGGUACAAGGAAUGUAAGCCAAAAAUGUGGAGAAGUAUUGUAAUUCAGAAGGGAAACACUCUUUUAAUACAAGAAGUCCAGGAGGAAGAUGGAGGAAACUAUACCUGUGAACUGAAGUUUGAAGGCAAGCUUAUACGAAGAACAGUUGAAUUGAAGGUUACUGCUUUGCUCACAGACAAGCCUCCAAAGCCAUUGUUCCCCAUGGAGAACCAGCCAACUGUUAUAGAUGUCCAGCUGGGCAACCCGCUGACUGUGGCCUGCAAAGCUUUCUUUGGAUUCAGCGGAGAGUCAGGCCCCAUGAUCUACUGGAUGAAAGGGGAAAAAUUCAUAGAAGAAUUAGAAGGUCACAUCAGAGAAGGCGAAAUCAGACUCCUCAGAGAACAUCUUGGAGAAAAAGAAGUUGAAUUGACAUUGAUCUUUGACGCCGUGGAGGAGGCAGAUCUGGCCAACUAUACAUGUCAUGUGGAAAACAGGAAUGGGCGGAAACAUGCCAGUGUUCUUCUGCGCAAGAAAGAUUUGAUCUACAAAAUAGAGCUUGCUGGAGGUUUGGGAGCCAUCCUUCUUCUGCUUAUUUUGCUGGUGACCAUCUAUAAGUGCUACAACAUAGAGUUAAUGCUCUUCUACAGACAGAACUUUGGAGGAGAUGAAGCAGCAGAUGACAACAAGGAAUAUGACGCGUAUCUCUCAUACACCAAAGUGGAUCCCGAUGCAUUAGAUUGUGAUAAUAACGAAGAGGAGCACUUUGCACUGGAAAUCCUGCCAGACGUUCUCGAAAAGCACUAUGGAUAUAAACUCUUCAUUCCAGAUAGGGACCUGAUUCCUAGCGGAACCUACAUUGAAGAUCUCACAAGAUGUGUUGAGCAAAGCAGAAGACUCAUUAUCGUGUUAACUCCAGACUAUGUUCUCAGGAGAGGAUGGAGUAUUUUUGAGAUGGAAAACAGACUCCAUAACAUGCUAGUCAGUGGAGAAAUCAAAGUUAUUUUGAUUGAGUGUACUGAAUUAAAAGGGAAAGUGAAUUAUCACGAAGUGGAAUCUUUAAAGCACACCAUCAAACUUCUCUCAGUGGUGAAGUGGAAAGGACCAAGAAGCAGCAAACUGAAUUCUAAGUUUUGGAAGCGCCUUGUCUUUGAAAUGCCAGGGAAGAAAAAGGAGGUGGUGUCUCGGCGUCAGGUCCUGGAUUCUGCGGAGCAGGGCCUUUUUGGAGACCUCCAGACUGUACCCUCCCUUGCUGUCACAGGCACUUCUGCCACGCUGGUAGAAUCGCGGGCUGAUUUAACUGAUUACCAUCAAGCAGAUUCUGUGCAAAUGAGACAUUAUUGCAGAGGAUACGAAUAUGACGUGGCGGCAGCAACGUUGCCGAUAGCUUCCAUAAGCAACCACCACACAUACUGUAACAUACCUUUGACACUACUAAACGGACAGCUACCUCUUAACAAUACCAUGAAGGAUCCCCAGGAGUUUCACAGGAACAACCCCUUGCUACCUUUAUCAGCAAGGGAGCUUAGCUUCACCAGUGAUAUCUGGUAGCGAAGAUCAGGACACUUCUGAGAUGCUUCAUGACUGCCAUGAAGACGUGUUUUUAAAGAACUUUGCCCAAACCCCAUGGGACAACAAAUCAUAUUUGAAGCAGCGGCACACUUAUUUGCUUUUCUACUUGAACUUUUUUGUUUACAUUUACAAAUUAUUGACAAAGGGGGCAUUCUUUUGUAAGUCAGUAAUGUCCUUCCUGUCUUUUAAUGUACAGCUUGAUUGCUUCUAUAAAAAAAAGGGGGGGGGGGGGAGGGGGGAGAGAAAAAACACAUCAAAUUCUACAGUAGGUUUACAAUCUGGGAUGGAUAAAAGUUCACUGUAUAUGAUCUCCAGCAUCCAUACUUAUGUAAUAGUAUUUGAAAUACACAGAAGUUGUUGGUUUUCUCAUAUAACCUUCAGUACGGUUUGAAAUUCUAAUAUCAUAUCAUGCUACAAAAAUGAUUAUCUCCUGCACAGACCACAAGGGGUGAAUCAUUCUCAAAAGGAAGGAGGAGGAGAUCUUCCCAGUAACAUUCUCUUUCAAAUGCAUUUUAGAAGAUGACCAGCUGAAACAAGGCAGAUGAAGCUUUAUCGAUAAAGUGCAUAGUAACAGCUACUGCAGAAUAAAUCACCUGCUUGCAUCAGCAUCCCUUCAUUUUAUUAUUGAGGCAUGUUGUACUCCUAGUGAAUGAUUAGCAAUGUGUUUUUAUUAAACAACCUACUAGAAUAUUGAAAGAUGUUUAGGAGGAUUUAAAACAAUUUUUCUGUGGAUUAUAGAUUGUUUCAUAAUUUUUCCAGGUUUUUAAUGGCGUUUUUUAAAAUUAGGUAUAAAUUUGUCUGUUGGUGAAUUCAUUGAUUUGAAAUUUCUUAAGAUCUCGAGCUGUUUUAAGAUUUGUAGUAAAGGCAAUGUAAUUUCACAUAGCUUUUUUCCCCAAAUCAAUAGUUACAAUUUCAAAUUAAUCUUUUUCUGAGAACGUCAGCAAUAGAAAAUAAUUACUACAGCAAUAUUCAGAGAUGAAGUGCUAAAUUAUUCACGUUUACUAGUAGUCUGACUUCAAUUGCAGUGAUAAUCACCUGAGACAAGUUCUUUCCCAAUCUACCUGUCACUUUAUACCUUUAAAAUCUAGUUGAAGCAGGAAUAUUUCCGCUCUCUGCGCAAGUAGUGAAAAGCGAUAUUUUUAAAAAGAUGGCCAGGUCUUGCAUUCUCACUUCUGUGCAUGGUCCCAUCAGUCGCAUGAGGAUAAUGUCAUUUACCUUCCGUGGAAAGCAUUCUUGCUGCUUGUGGAUGAGAGGGGCUGCCCAGACACUCGGCAUCACACAUUGCUAUGCGGUGAUUUUUCUUCAGAGCAGUGUGUUUCUUGAAGAUUCCCAGCCUAGUUGAUUACGAGUUCAGUAGACAACAGUAUUCAAGGAAAAGGCUCUAAAUAACGAAGGCAGAAGCCAGUUUUGCUUUUUUUUUUUUGGCACAGCGUUAAUGAAAACACAAUAGACACAAGAGUUUUGUCUCAGUCAGAUCUGCUGAAGCAAGUCCCCAGAAAUACUUGUAUGGCAGGCGAUCUUGCCUGCAUUUCAGUAUGUUUUUCUCAUUGUUCUCUCUGAUUGCAUGGAUAAAAGUUAGCACUCUGCACUCAGCUGCCUGUGGUUUCAUCAGCAAACAAGCUCAGUAAAUCCUUAACAUUUUGCAGUGGUUCCUAAAUUGUACCCUACAGUCAAAGUGGAAACAAACGCUGACCUAAGACUUAGAAGUAUCCAGAAUUGGCCCAAAGGCCAUGAGAAUGAUCUCAAACGUGCAAUAAUUCAGAGAGGUCAGUAUUUUUCCAUUGCUUCUUUCCCCAGUUCUUUAUUCGUUGUCCUCUUACAUCAGUUUUUAUCUAUAACUUUUUUCUUAGGUUCUACAUAAUACAUUUCUCUUGUUGCUUUUACUAGCAUUAUUAUGCAUUUGACACUAACACCAAAAUAGAGAUCUAGGAGAGAUGCUAAUUUCUUACACACUAUAGAACUAUAACUUGCUCUUUUGUGAAGUUAAGUUCCGAACAUAGAGAUAGGUGUUUAAUAUGCGUAUUUUUCUACUGAGAAAGUGAUUUUACCUCCAUUAUAAAUAUCUGUAUUUCAACCUCCUCCCAGAAAUCUACAAAAUUUGCACUGUUUUAUAAGUGUUACAGACUGUGUUUACACUGGCUAUGUUCUUUAAUGCAAAGUGUAAUUUUAAAGAAGAAAAACUAAAGAAAUCCCUGCAUGAAGACAGCUGCCUAUGUUUAAAUGAAAAGCUGUACUUUUCAUUCUCUUCCUUUUCACAUUACUUUAGAAUCCGGUUAAUUCACAUAGAAUGCUCAGUGAGAUUUUAAACCUACUAGUUCUGUAUUAAGCAUGCAAAUUCAAAAAAAAAAAGAAAAAAU